AGUUUAUGUAAACAAGGCAGGGAUAAUAGACUAGGAAUAUUUCUCGAUACCAUAUUUCCAAUCAUUAUCUUUCUGGUGAUUUUUCAUUUGGUUUUUAUUGAGGCGGUGCUCUAGGUAAAUCAUCCUCGGUACCAUCAUCCUGAUGUAAAUCUUACUGUUUUUCUUAUUUUUAAUGAAUUAAUACAAAUUAAGGAAUGAAAAUCACCAAAGUACUUUUUAGAACUAAGAAAAUUGUAUGUGGUAUUUCUGGAGGGGUUGACAGCGCAGUGUCUGCUCUCUUAUUGAAACUAAAAGGCUAUGAUGUCCAUGGGCUGUUUAUGAAAAAUUGGGACUCUGCCAAUGAGCAUGGUGUUUGCAUGGCAGAUGAAGACCGAGAGUACGCUCAGUUUGUGUGUAGCCACCUUGGUAUUCCCUUCCACGAGGUCAACUUUGUGAAGGAAUACUGGAAUGAGGUGUUCAGUGCCUUUCUUCAAGAUCUGCACCAAGGGAAGACUCCAAAUCCAGAUGUGCUGUGUAAUAAGUAUAUCAAGUUUGAUGCUUUCUUCAAAUAUGCCACGGAGUCACUUGGGGCUGAUGCAAUAGCUACGGGCCAUUAUGUGAGAUCCAGUGCAGGCUAUGAUCUGGAUAAUAUAGAUCCAAAAAAGGGGGUGAACCUUCUCAAAGCUAGAGAUCCGCUGAAAUGCCAGACCCUAUUUUUGUCCCAAAUUUCCCAGAAUGCUUUACAGAGGGCAUUGUUUCCUAUUGGUGACAUGAUAAAGUCUGAUGUCAAACAGAUUGCAAGGGAUUAUGGGAUGGAAAAAGUUGCCAAUAAACGAGAGAGUGUGGGGAUCUGUUUCAUCGGCAAGAGGAACUUCAAGGACUUCACAGAUGAAUACAUGGAGCCCAGGCUGGGCAACUUUAUCAACCUUGAAACUGGAGAAAACAUGGGGCCACAUAAAGGUUUUUAUGCAUACACGAUGGGACAGAAGUCCCAAAUAGGCGGCUUGGGAGUUGGAAUGUUCAUCGCCCACAAAGACACUGACACUAAUGAUAUAUAUGUGGUGCCUGGCACAGACCAUCCAGCCCUAUUUGUACAGACUAUAUUCACGGAAGAAUGUCACUGGAUAAACAAACCGCCUCGACAACUUCUCACCGACCAAAUGUACAACUGUGAGUUCAAAUACCAGCACGUUUCACUGAGUGGACGUAAACUCAACUGUACGCUGACAUUGAGUGGGGGGAAUUCUGUGAUAGUGUCUGUAGAUCAGCCGAUAAGAGCAAUAGUUCCUGGACAGUUUGCCGUGUUUUAUGACGGUGACGUGUGUCUCGGAAGUGGUAAAAUUCGAAAAACUGGACCCAGCAUGUAUACUAUGGGUGAAAGGAGCAGAUUGCCACAGUAUUUGGACAUUGCAGUGGGAGCCUCUGGCUCCUAGUUGUGUUACAAUGGUGUUUAUAAAUAAAACAAUUACUUAUUAAA